UCAGCCGACCGAGAGAAACACAACCGAGUGUUCUACAGUACAAUCGACUUGGGGAAGGCUCAACAAUCAUGGCUGAUCCUUUUCCCCCGCCCUAGCAGAUAUAUUCUGAAGCUUCAAGGGUGGAUGAUGCUUAAAGACGACAUCCUUGGUAACAUUGUACUUGGACCACGUCUUAUCCCGAUACUGACAAAGAAUCGCCUCGACAACCUGGAGAAGAACUGCCCAGAGGUUGAUGAGAGUGAGCCUGAGCACAACGUAUAUUGGGUGAAAGUUGUUAGUCGUCUACCAUCUUUCCUUGAAUAUGUGAGCCGUUGGAUUGGUAUCGGAGGCAAGAAGGAGUUGUGGGAUUAUAGAGACUUCCAUGCGGACCAGAUCCGAACUCGCUACUUCGAGACAGUCCCAACCAAGGCGCAGGUCCAACCUUGCCUCGCGGAUCCUGGGGUUGUGGACUAUCUGAGAGGGGUUUCUGGCGAUUGUAAGCUUUACAUGGUGAUCGGGACCAAAAUCGCUAAUAGCCUUUCCUACACGGCUGAAUAUGAUAUCUCUGACGCGGGGCGCAUAUGGUACACCAUGGCCGCGGCUCGCCCGUCCCUCAUUGGCUACGAACUUCUGGAGAUUGAGGUAAAUCGGGCAGGUGAGGUCGAGAAGCUAAAUAGGGUCUACCCUGAUCCAGCCAGCGCCUUUCCCCCACUCCGCUCCUUCGUUCCUCCAACUCCAGAGACCGAGAAGUCCGAAGUUGCGGUUACAGAUUCUGAUUGA